AUGUCGUCAACAAUUGAAUCUGGCUUCCAUCUCGCAGACAGCAAGGGUUACAUGCUUGGAAGAGGCCAUGCUGCUGCUUGUCGUCUCAACCUCCAAUUUUACCUUUGGAAAGAAUCGUUACAAUUCAACAUCCACCCGUCUAUUUUUAUUCCCGCCAACCCCGUCAUCGCAGACAUCGGUACAGGAACAGCAAUCUGGCUGCUCGACGUAGCCCACUCACUGCCUACUGCCACUCUUGACGGCUAUGACAUCGACCUCUCCAAUACCCCUCCAACCCAAUGGCUCCCCAAGCGCCUCAUCCUACACGAAUGGAAUCUGUUCGACCCCGUCCCAGAGCACCUGGUGGGAACAUACGAUAUCGUUCACCUUCGUCUUCUCAUCCUUGUGGUGCAGAAUAGUGAUCCCGUCCCCAUCAUCCAGAACGUAGCCCGUCUGCUCAAACCGGGUGGAUAUAUCCAGUGGGAUGAUCUGAAUUACCCAGACACCCAUGUCGCAAAGGCAGACCCCGAACUGGCAACGCCAGCCUUUGAUCGCCUGCUCAAAUUCGUCUACUCAAAUGGCCGCCAUGACUGGGUGCUGGAUUUGCCUACACUGCUGGAGCAGAAUGGGUUUGAGAGCCCCCGGCUGGACCACUUUCGGGAUCGCAUGGAGCUUGCGAAUGCGAAUGGAGAGCAACAUUUGGUUACAAUGGAAGAGUUUGCGAAGUCAUUGGAGAAGGAAAGCGUGGAUGAUGCGGAGAAUAUACGCCUAUUGCUGAAGGAUCUUUCUGUAGAGGCGGUCCAUGGUGUGGCGUUGGCAAUGCCGCGUGUCGUAACUGUUGCGCGGAAAUUGUAG